UUGUAGUUCUUGUGCAGUUGACCUGUCAGCGUUGUAGUACAAGCUGUCACUGCCGCUGAUUUAUUUGUCCUUCUGGAGGUUACAGUCUCCCAGCGGCUGCGACACCACGGCUUCUCACGCUCAGGGCUGUUUGUUCUCACUGUCGCUGCUGCCGUCAGCUAAUCGGCGAGCUAACACCUAAAGUUAGCUAACGAGCUCACCAACUUGACAGCUAGCUCGCUUGCUAGCUAGCUCUCGACGGUAGCUAGCUGCGUUAGCUAUCCAGGCUGCUGCUCGUAGGAGGGGAGGAACCCGCCCACUCCUGCUAAACUAAACAGCCAUUCCGGACAAAAGAGUGAACGUUUAUUGGCAAGUCGCAACCAACAUCAAGGUGCAUCACCAGUCCCCCCCCUGGCUGGAGUGUGAAUCAAUGCAAUCCAGAUGGAAGCCGAAGGGUCCAGUGAGAUGCUGCUGACCAGGAAGAGAAGAAGAGAGAGUUCCAAUGGGGACAAAGAUGAGGGCGAGAGGCAUGUGAAAUAUCCCAGAUGCACUGUGGGACUGAAGCACCCUGCACCUUUCGCAGAUGAGCUGGAGCCAGCUGUUAAACCCUAUGAGAGGGUCAACAUGGAGACGGCCAAGAGGGGAACACCACCUGACAGACCAGUGCGGGUGUAUGCAGAUGGCAUCUUCGACGUUUUCCACUCGGGUCACGCCAGAGCUCUCAUGCAGGCUAAAUGCCUCUUCCCAAAUACCCACCUCAUCGUUGGAGUGUGCAGUGAUGACCUGACCCACACAUACAAGGGCUUCACAGUGAUGAAUGAGGAUGAGCGCUACGAUGCCAUCAGACACUGCCGCUACGUGGACGAAGUGGUGCGAAACGCCCCCUGGACGUUGACGCCAGAAUUCCUCACAAAACAUCGCAUUGACUUUGUGGCCCAUGACGACAUCCCAUACUCCUCAGCGGGCAGUGAUGACGUGUACAGGCACAUUAAAGAAGCGGGUAUGUUUGCCCCGACCCAGCGGACAGAGGGAAUCUCCACCUCUGACAUCAUCACACGCAUCGUCCGUGACUACGAUCUGUACGUGAGACGUAACCUGCAGAGAGGAUACACAGCCAAGGAGCUGAACGUCAGCUUCAUCAACGAGAAGAAAUACCACCUGCAGGAGCGCGUAGAUAAGGUGAAGAAGAAGGUGCGUGACGUGGAGGAGAAGAGCAAGGAGUUUGUGCAGAAGGUGGAGGAGAAGAGCAUCGACCUCAUCCAGAAAUGGGAGGAGAAAUCCAGGGAGUUCAUCGGCAACUUCCUGCAGAUGUUUGGACCUGAGGGAGCUCUGAAACACAUGCUGAAGGAAGGAAAAGGCCGCAUGCUGCAGGCCAUCAGCCCGAGGCAAAGCCCCAACAGCAGCCCCACCCGCGAGGAGCGCUCGCCGUCUCCCACUUUCCGUCUCCCCUUCUUCAACAAGACCUCCCCUCCACCCUCACCUCCGCCCCACCACAGCGGCGCCCGCCCAUACCUCAUCAGCGAGGACGACGACGAGGACGACGAAAACUGAAUCGUCAGCUUUGUGGAUCCACGGCCAGAGUGCUACCAGUUAGCUGAGCUGUCGAGUAGCGUGGUUUUCGUCAAGCUCCUGAUUACAUCUUACGUUUUUUUCAUUUUAUUUCGAUGUUUAGCACCUCAGUGUCACGUUAACUUUAACAACCAGUUUCUCCACAGCUCUUGUUUUUAAACAGCUAAUUCUGUCUCUGUGUAACGGUCAGUAAAAGUUACCACUAUCCACUUGAGUUCUUUGAAAAUUUGUCUCAUUAAUCUCAGUCACUUUUGAUGUUGAUUUUUAUUAGACAAUGCCAUUUAGGAAUAUCUGCACACACUCUGUGUCACACUCCGUGCACACUUCCAUCUCUAAGGGUGUUCUUCAGGUUUGCGUUGUAGGUGUUUUUGGUUUUGUUCUCGUCAUGACUGUAGCAGGAGGGGCUCGCGGGGGUUUCGGUCACUUGUUGGAACAGCACAUGUUGCCUUGGUGAGCGAGAGGUGACGCUGUUGAGUUCAUCCUGGAGUAGGUCAGAAAACUCAAGGUUUUAAUGAUCUGCUCAUUCAAUGGGGCAGUUUGCUAACCUGAAAUCAACCCGGCUUUUUUAUUAAAUACCAAGGGAAACAAUCAAACCAGAGCUGAAUCUAAGAGUAACAGUGUUAAUCGUCCACUGAACAGCAGGUUGUUUCUGAAGUUUGUCGCCUGCUUUGGGGCUGCUUGCGGCUGUGUGUAUGUGCAUGUGGUGUUUUUUGCGUACAAGCUCUAAAAUAACAUUUGCAUGUUUGAAUUGUCUCCUGUCACCUUUCCCCCUCUGUUGACAGUUCUGGGUUCAGCUUGACUUUACUGCGUUUAGUAAAAGAUUCGCUUACACAUUUGUUUUUGUUUUUCCGUCUAAGGAAGGAAAUGGGUCUUUGAAAGAGACGUAUUGAACUGGGCGCCUUUUUUAAAUGUGGCUGAAGAGAAAUUCUCGUAAGGAUGGCAGGGAGAACCCGUUGAAAUGUUGAUGUAGAAACUUAUUUUUGUAGAUUUCUUCUUUCCUUUCUUUAUCCUCUGUACAGAUGUGAUCUUAAUCAUCCCCCUUGUAGAAGCACUUUUUCAUGCUGAGCCGAGAAUCAACGUGAGAAACGCUAGACUUCUCUUUUCGUUCCUUUUUUGUGUUGCAGAUCUGGGCCAUUAGGGAGUCAACUUUUUCCCUCUGAUACACAUGUGUUGCUUAGGGAAAGUUCAAGGUUUUAGAGAACAGUCUCUAUUUGUAAGAAAUCACAUCUUGUGUAGUUGGAAUUAUGAGCACAGCAGGUUUCUUUAGUGUGUUCCACACACACACACACACACACAAAUACAUGAAUGGAUCUGGGGUUUUAGAAACCAGGCAUUACGCAGGACUUUACUUGUAAAGAGUCUGUGCUGCAGUCUGUGUGUUGAUGGUCUGGACUGAGUUUCACAUGUUGGUGAAGGGUUUGAGUUUAUGUAUCGGUGAAAGUCCAGUUUUUUUUUUUUGUAGCUACCUCCUUCUUCCCUAAACUGAUUCUCUUUUCAUUUAGAUGAGCACAAGGUGUGAGUGCUAUUAUUUUUCCUUUCUGAACAGCCAUUGUUACAGCACUGAACCAAUGUGACUGGUUAAAUAUUUGAUUUUCAGGCCUCGGUGUGUGUGUCUGUGUGCGCGCGACUGUGUACUCAUCCUGCAUCUCCAGUGAUCAUAAAGCAUGUGUUGUCUCCUAUAUAACCGAUAAUGAACCAUCACAGGUGACCUGAAGACGUAAUGCAAUACUGUUAAGACGACUCCAUUAUAAAUGUUGACGGAUCAAUCUGUUCUAGGCUUGGUUUCUCAAAAGCACCUGUGGUUUAAAAUCGGUCUUUGCUGCAGCGAUAGAAACUGGCUCUAUUCUGGUGUGUUGUAUGUCCGAUUUUAAGAUUUGUGGAGGAGGGGGUAACAGUAAAGAAUUCCCAGUUAUAAAUGUUCUACUUUUGGUAUAUUUAAAAGUACUAAACUCGACUAAUCUGCUGAGGAAAUCCAGCCUAGAUUUUGGUGCUAAGCUACUUUUGGGAAGCCUUGCCUUGAUUCUUGUGGAAUCUGUUCUUUUUAAAAAUCAGUGUGAAGCUUCUGAGCAUGUUGUCGCGUCGGUAAAAGACUUGAGAGGCGAGUCAGUGACAGCCACUGCUGCAAAGAUUUACAAAAUGUAAAUGUUUUAACAGCAAGUGUUUUAAUCGUGUUAUUUUACAAUUUUGGGGCUCAUUUUGUUUUAUGUCCUGGAUGUAGAGAAAGCAGACUGGAAAAGUGUAUUAAACAAUGUCAGCCAAAGCA